AUGGAACGGCAGCCGGCCACACUCUUAGGACUACCACCUGAGAUUCAGACCAAAAUAUUCUCUCAUCUUGCUGUAUCUUUUGGAAAACCGAGCAUCCAAGCGAUUCUGAGAACGUGCAAGCAUUUCUACAACAUAGCACUCCCGAUUUCCGUGAGCAUCUUUCGGAACACUGUGCACUACUUAGAGGGCGGAGGCCCAUGUUCCUCAGCUCGAAAUGUGCUAUUCCUGCAUUAUAUUCUCGUCUCUAAGCCCUUUCUGGCCAAGUAUGUCAAAACUGUCAUUGUAGGCGGCUUGUCACCAGGAGAGAGAGGGGAGAACGGAGAUGAGGAUCGUGAGAAUAGAAGCACCGAUCAGGAUCUCGCUGUCUAUCAACAGCAAAUUGAGACCAUUUUGGGUGCUAUUUCGGGUCCCUUUUUUUACAAGACUUCUCGCUGGCGUGCUGCAUGGGCAGCAGAUCUGAAAGCAGGCAGCUCUGAUGCUCAGGUGACCUUGAUUUUGCUCACCUGCCCCAACAUUCGAACGCUCCUGUAUGAGAAAACAAGCAAAUCGCCCCAUUUUCAUACCUUGCUACAAAUUAUCCGCGAUUUGUAUUCAAAGCAAAAGAAUCUCCACUAUGUCACCGGAAUCAGUCACGCGGCCAUCCCACUUUCCAAUCUUCAAGACGUGUUCCACGAAGCAAAUCAUGCCAAAGUGGGCUGCCGUGAAUUCUUUUUAGAGGCACCAAGGCUCUUCGCCUUGCCGCAGCUCCAAUUUUACGAGUGUAUUAUGGCUUAUGGAAAUGAUGAAGCGGCCAAAAACUUUCGCCGUCUGCCGCUGAGGUCUUCUUCUGUGGAAGAUAUCAACCUUCAUUCCUCCUACGUCACGGCAUCGCUGCUCAGGGAUAUGCUGAACAGCUGCAAAGCGCUCAAGAAAUUUGAGUUUAUCCGUGGGAUGUACGAUCUGUCCGAAGAGGCCAUGCCCCGAGAUAUUCUUGAAGCUGUAUUGCCCCAUGCCAAUACGCUUGGGGAUCUAUACAUGGACCUUGAGGAUGACUGGGAUCAUGGAUGGAGCUGGUCUACCUGCCCUGAAAGACUAUACAUGGGCACCGAGCUCAAUCAAAUGCAUGCUUUGAAGAGACUCACAUUGGGGAUGCAGGCACUUACCGGGAUGAUUGCUGGAAGGCCAUUCAAUCAUGAGUCGGUUGCGCUUCAAAUGCCAAUGAAUGUCGAAGGAGCUCCCAGGAUUGUCGAUUGCUUGCCUGAAAAUCUGGAAUACCUCAAGAUUCAUCACUGUGGCGAAGGCAUCUUGGCACAGGCCAAAGAGUUGAUCAACGUUGCACCGCGGCGCUUCAAAAAGCUUACAUAUUUUGGUCUGCUGUUCCAUGAUUGGGAAAUGGAUGGGGAGGCUGAUUUGAGCUGCACCUCCCCCAACCUUACUUUGGAUAUUGGAUACCAAAUCCCCGCAAUGGUUAUGUAUGAUUUAGGACAAUCAGACCCUAGGAAGAGAGAAGGUGAUCUCAUUCGCAACAUCACCUCUCGCAUAUACUCUGAAAAUAUCCGACGGAUUUAUUUGGAAUUACGAGGGUCGUGCGAUGUACGCCUUUACCAAUCGUACCAGUACAACGAUGAUCCUGAUUCAUUUGAGGAAUAG